AUGUCGUUGACGAGUCCGGGCCUCCAAGCGCUCACAGCCUCGGCUGCUUCGCUUGUCGCCGCCGCCCGUGCCACUCCCAGCGCCUCGGGAGAACACAUCGCCGCUCUUGCCGACCUCAUUCCCGCCUUUGAGAGCCACGGGGCGCACAUCUCCUUUGCCCUCCUCGAGCUUGCAAACCCAGACUCUCACCUCCAUCUCGACUCGCUCAAGCGCAUCUUUGAGGAUACUGGCGACUCGUUCUCGCUCUCCUGCUUCCUCUCCAUCGAGCAGCUCGCUGCCGCCGCCGGUCCAGAACACCUGCCGGCCCGGCCGCUCCCCUCGCCCACCUCCACCUCCCGCCUUGCGCAGAUCUCCGCAGAUGCCGCGGCCGCCGCUCUUUUGCGUACCCGCGCCUCGCCUCCGCCGCACCUCACAUCUUGCCCCGUCUGUGAGACAGAGCUCGACCUUGUCGCCUCCUCCCGCGACUCGCCGCCGUCGCCCUGGUGCCAACUCUGCCAGGCUGCCCCGCUGCCAUGGACCUGCCUCUGCUCGUAUGUCAACUCUUCCGACCCGCUCUCCUGCAAACUGUGCGGCUACUCGGUCUUUCACACCCGUCUUCGGGCCAUCCUCUCGGGCGGACUCGCCAACGUCAUCGUCCUCGACCUCAUCCUCGAUCGCUACUUUACUGUUGCGCCUGCUCCACCCUACGACACCGCCGCGGCGUUACCGCCGCUCGCGUCGCCGUCUGCUGCACUCGCCACCCUCAACCCGACCCUCGACCUAGAUCUGGUCCUCUUUGCCAUCUCCUCCGGGGCAAACCUUCCCGUCCUCCACUCCCUUGCGUCGCGGUUUAUCGAAGGCCAGACGACGUCCUCCCUCCGUUCUGCCGCCAUCCUUCACCUCGCUUCAGCCGCCAUUGCCGCCUCGCGUCCACCGCUCCUCACAGACCUUCUCCUUCCGCUCGCGAGCGCUUCUCUUGAUGACGCUCCGGACAUUCUUGCCAGCCUCGUCCGUCCCGCACUCGCCGCUGGAGCUGCUUGGCUCUUUGACCUCCUUGUCACCCACCAUGCGCUUGACCUUCACGCCUUUGUUGGCCUCUCUUCAGGUGACAACGUCCUCCACAUCGCCGCCGCCGUUGCCUCGCCGCAGUCGCUCGUCGACCUGCUCCACCUGCUGGAUCCUGACAACUCCCCGCACCGCUGCCUCGCCCUUCUUGACGCGCCUAACUCGACUGGCCUCACGCCGCCUCAGCUUGCGGCGUCCAACGAGGUUUGGGGCCUUCUCGUUGGCCUCCGCGCUCGCCUCCGCCGAGCUCCAGCAGCGCUCGCGCCCCACCCCGCUCCACCGUGCGCCUUUCUUGCCACGUCUUGGGCGGCUGUCACACUCGCGUCGGACCCUCCGCUCGGCGAAGGCCAGUUCUCCGUUGUCCGCGCUGGCCACUAUCUUGCCCAGCCUGUCGCUGUCAAGAUUCUCAAGGCCGACGCCCGCGCUCCGUCAACUCACAAGAUCUUUCUCAAGGAGCUCGCUGCCGUCUCGCGAAUGGCCCAUCCCAACUGUGUCCGCUUUGUCGCCGCCAUUGUCGAGGAGACCCAGCUGGUCAUCCUGACAGAGCUGCUUGUCUUUGGCGACCUCAACGCCCGCAUCUACGGCGCCCGUGGCGUCCCACCCUUUCCCUCAUGGUCUGCCAAGAUCCGUGCUGUAAUUGCUGUUGCAAAGGGCAUGGCUUUUCUUCAUGGCUGCGGCAUGGUCCACCGUGACCUCAAGCCUGCGAACGUCCUCCUCGAGGGCCUCGGCGGCGGCUGCAAGCUGGCUGAUUUUGGCCUUGCCGUCCUUCAGGCCAACAUCGACGCUGGCGCAGAACACUCUCAUGUCGGCACUCCGGCAUACAUGGCGCCGGAGGCGCUCCUAGGCCACGCGAACGACAUGCACUCGGACGUCUGGUCCUUUGGCACUCUCCUCUGGGAAGUCGUCGCCGAAAUGCGGCCCUCCCGCCAGGCCCGUCUUGCCAACUGCUACGCUCUCCCCGGCGACAUCGCCUUUCCCACCUGGCCGGCCACUCUCUCCACCCUCCUCUCCCACACUCUCAUUCCGCACGAGCCAUCUGCCCGCCUCUCCUUUGUUGCCAUCCUUGAGCUUCUCGACGCCCUUGCCCGUGAAGUUGCCUUUGUCGAGGCCAUCCAGAAUGCUGACCUCUACUCCAUCAAGGCCCUCCUCGCCGCCGCCUCACCCGACCUUGUGCACUCGCUCGUUGCCCUUUCGGCGCCGCCGCCACUUGCCUCGGCCCUCCACGUUGCCGCACUCUACAACGACACUUCCUUCGCUGCCCAUCUCCUGACGCUCUCGGCCUCGGCGUCCUGGCUCGACCUGGAGCCCUGCCCUGCCCUGCUCACAACCUCUUCUGAUCUCCGUCUUCUCCUCCUUGCCCGCGGCCAAGCCUCGUGGGCCUCACUCCCGCACCACUCGCUUGUCGACGCUGCCUCAUUUGAUGCCGCAGCCUCGCUCGUUCUUCCCGCGCGCCCCACCCUCCUCCACCUCACCGUCCUUCCCAUCCCGGAUGCCUCACUUGAGCUUCUUACCCAUCCGUCGCGCGCCUCACUUGAGCGUGCAGCCUGGAUCCCUGCUGCGCUUGUUGUUGUCCGCUCGCCCUCACUUCAUCGCUUUGUCCUCUGCCAGGAUGCCAACCCGCUCGCGGUCUUUGCCUCGUCCUCCGCCGCUGUCGUUGUCCACCCCGAGCUCGACGCCCUGCUCCUCCUUGACGAGUUGACCAACGAGCGCUUCCUCCUCCGUGUUCUUCCCGACCAGCCGCACUCGCUCUCCACCCUCACGCUUGCUGCCCUCCUCCAGGCAUGCAUUGCUGACGUACACCUCCCGCCGCCGUCUCGCGCCACUGUCGAUGCUCUUCUCAAUCCACACACGCCGCCCGCGCCUCCCGACUACGUCGACGCUACCGCCCGGCAUCUCGGUACCAGUGCCAACCUCACCCUCACGUCCAACUCUAUUCCCACCGCCCCACUCCGCACUGCCACCCUCACGCUCACGGCGUCACUCAGCAACUCGGGCUGGAUCGAAACGACGCCUCAUCCGCCGCCUCUUGUCGAGAGCAAUGGCACCCUCGCUGUCGACGACAACACCACCCUCACCAUGGCACCCACUCCCUCGCACCCCGAGUCGGGCCUCGCCACACUUGCCCUCGCCCAGCCCACCUCGUCGCUUGGCCGCACUCUCUCGUCGUCGUCGUCCGAUGCUUCACUCGUCCGACUCGGCGCCUCGCUUGGCUCGGCAGCCACCCUUGACUCGGGCUGCAACAUCUUCCCGCUCGACUCACCUGCCAUUGUUGUCUCGGACCGCCUCGCACCCGAGCUCGGCGCUGCUUCCGAGACUGGCCUCCGCUCCGGCGCUCGCGGCCUCUGCCUCGGCGCCGAUGUUGCCAUCAAGGACGUGGCCGUUGGUGCCCUCGACGGCGCCACCCGCCUUCUCUGCACCAUCCACGCUGCCGCACACCCGUACGUUGUCUCUCUCAUGGGCAUCCAGCUCGAUCCGCGCGAGACUGCUCCGUCACGCGUCCGCCUCAUUCGCGAGCGCAUCAAGGGAACCGUUCUCACCGAGGCUCUCUCUCGCCGGGUCGGCAACCUCAUGGACGCUCCGUCCGAGAUUGUCCGCGUCCUCUACCAGCUUGCGCAGGCGCUCGUCUACCUGCACUCGCAGCUGAGCCUCCCGCACGGCUCGCUCACGCCGUCCAACGUGGUCCUCACUCAGCUCAAUGCCACGGUCAUGCUCACCGAUCACGGCCAGGCCGCUCUCGAGGCCGCAGCUCUCGAGGCCGUCGCCGCCUCGGGCGAGCGCAUUCCGGAACUUGCCCACCGUGUCGACCUCGCCUACGCCCCGCCCGAAGUCCUCAAGGGCACGGCAGCGGCGACCUCGCUUGCUGCCGACAUCUGGGCGUUUGGCUGCAUUGCUUGGCUUCUCCUCUCCAACUCGCACCGAGACGUUGGCCGGCCCAUCCGGCCCUACGACGAGCUCUCCUCGCUCUCGUCGCGCUUCACCCGCCCGAACGAGCCACCCGGCAUUUUCCAUGCCGACAUCCCGCCGGCCCUUACUUCGCUCUUUCAGGCCUGCUGGUCGCCGCAUCCAGACGCUCGCCCGCCAGCGGCCGACCUUGCAGCGUCCCUCGCCCUUGUCCUCGAGCCGCCGCCACUCUCGGGCUUUGCCGACUCGACCACGCUCAUCGCCGACACUGUCGUCAUGGAGCGCUGCCUCGCCGUCCUUGCCGCCGCCAAGGCCGCCGCCGCCCCGCACGCCGUCAUCGUUGCCGCUGCCGACCGCCUUGUCGGCGCUCUCCGCCUUUACACGCCGUCUACACCUGUCCUCGUCGAGUUUGAAGAUGUCCUCUCUGUCGCCCUCGCCCUCCUCGCCAACUACUGGCCAGCGGCGGCUGUAUCGCUCGCCGCACUCCGUCUCAUUGCCGCCGUCCCGGCCUCUGCGCUUGACUCGAGUGCAGGGCGCGCCCUUGUCGAGACUGCCACCGGUGACGUCUGGACGGCCUUUAACGCGCUCGCCGCUGUCGACUCGCUCGACUUUGACCUUGUCGACGCCGCCCUUGCUGCCCUCUCGCGUCUCAUUGACCUUCUUCACAAGGGCUCCAUUGCCUGGCUCGACACCUGGCUUGUGGCUAACGUCCGCGAGGUUCUUGCCGGGGGCGCUGCUAUCGUCGACUACGCCUGCUGCCAUGCUUCUCUACCAUCGCCGGGUGCGCAGCGCACCGCGCUGGUCCACACCGUCCGCUCGCUCCUUGGCCUCCUCGCCGUCACCGGGCCACACCUCCAGCGCCUCUCGCUCCUUGACCGCACAGACUACGAGGAGCUCAUCCGCAUUCUUGCCCGCGUCGUCGACAUCCAGCUUCUCCAGCCUGCUGUUGCCGACGUCCUCACUGUUGUUGUCGUCCUUCUCGACGACAUUGCCUUCCCACUCGCCUCGCUUGACCCGCUCAUGCCGCCGCUGCGCCGCCUCCCGACGAAACCCGCGACGCGGUUCCCGGACGUCUACGACCAUGUGUUCUUUGCUCAAAUGAUGCUCUCCUCCUCCGACCCGGCCCACGUCCAGGCAGGCGUCGACGCCGUUGUCCGCAUGAUGACCUGGGGCCCGGCUUCCAACUGGCCGGCUGGCGACGUCACGCCGCCAUCGUCAUCGUCCUUCUCUUCGGCCUUCCUCUCCUUUGUCCCGUCCUUCCUCAAGCGGCGCUCGUCGUCGACCUCCUCACCAUGCCGCUCGCCGUCGUCGCACCCUGCCGCUGUCGUCGCAUUCCUCGACCCAGGCCAGCGCGACGCUCUCCGCGACCUUCUUGCCGCACUUGCGGUAGUCAAGGCCCUCAUUCGUGUCUUUGAGCACUUUUGCAACCACUCGUGGCUUGUCCAGUGCUCGGCCCGCCUCUGCGCCCUCCUUGCCGCCACCUUUCCUGCCGUCUGCGCUCGCGAUGACCUCCUUCUCGCCCUCGUCAACGCCGCCUUUCAGCACUCGUCCAACCGUCGCAUGUUCAAGUUUGCCCUCCGCACCUACCAGCAUCUUGCUGAUGCAGGCCUAGGCGACUCGGCGAGCCCGCUGCUUGUCUCGUUCAAGACCUCGCUCGACCAGCUGGCCCAUGGCCGGCGGCACCCGUCCUCGCCGCGUUGCUCACCUCCACCAGCUGCUCCUGGGUCGUCAUUUGCACUUGUCGACACUGUUCUCGCUCAGCUCGACCCGGUGAGUGGGCCCGUCAGCGCUGUGCUGCAAGACCACCUCGUCGAGUGGCACUCGCGCUUCCCUACCAUACUCUCGGAUGUUGCCACUGUGCAACGGUUUACGCGGGCGAUCCUCACCGUUGCUGCCAAGCUCAACGUCGAGCGCGAUCCGCUAGAUCCACGUGGCCCGCGGCCGGCAGGCACACCGCCGCAAGGCUGGGACGUCGCCCUCCCCACCAUCUACGCCUUUCUUGCUUCGCUCUUUGACGGCUCGCAGUCGGCGCAGGAAACCCGCGCCACCUUUGUGGCCAUGGGUCCGCUUGAGCAGACCCUCGUUCGCUACCUUGUUGCCCACCUUGCGUUGAACACUACUGAUCCCGCGUUCCGCGAGUCGGUAGCCUCGGCGGCGGCGGCCUCGACGCUGCUCGCGGAGGCCGGCUCUGACGCCGCUGCCUCUACCCUCCGCCCCGUUGCGCACGAAGCCAUGCCUGGUCUCGGCCUACGCUGCAGUUGUUAG